UCAGCGGGCUUCAUCAAGUCUCCCUUAUCUCAGAUGAAGCUCAUCAAUGACCGCGCAGAGCUGCAUUGUGAAGUGAUAGGGAACCCCAUCCCUGAGGUGCAGUGGUUUGUAGAGGGUGAGGAACCCAAUGAGACCUUCACCCAACUCUUUGAUGGGGCACGGGAUGACCGUGUAGAAAUAAAUGCCACAUAUACCAUACACGCCACUAGCACCAUUCACCUCAGUGACCUCGACUUCAGCGACUCGGGCACAUAUGAGUGCCGUGCUUCCAACGACCCUGACCGCAAUGAGCUGAAGAAGAUGCCCAAAAUCAAGUGGAUACGCUCACAGGCAAAUGUUAUUGUGAUUGAAAUGCCAAACAUCAUUGCAGAACCUGCUGAGGUCAUCAACCAGACCUCUGCUGUGCUCAGCUGCAACCUGACAGAUACCAGCCUUCCAGUCAAAGGCUCCCAGUGGCUCCAUAAUGGUAAAAUCCUUGAGAGUUCAAAGUCCACAGCUGACAGUCAUGUCACUGUCCUCAAAUUGGAUAAUAUCAACUACCAUUCUAGUGGAAAAUAUGAAUGUGUCUUCCUGACUGAGCCGCAAGUGCAACACACAAUCGAAGUCAAAAUAACUCCCCAUGUUGCUGCCUACAAGCACUCUGAACAUGGCAAUGAAAAUGACAAAGCUGUGCUGAUUUGUGUGAGCCAUGGAUACCCACUGCCCACCGACUGGAACUGGUUCAGACAGGAGGGAGAGGACAACAAAGUAGCUAUAGCCAAUGGAACUGAUCGAUAUGAGAUAAAGAACACCCCUGAGAAAUCCACUCUGACCAUUACGGAGCUGAGCAUUGAAAAAGACAUAGGACUGUACAUCUGCUCUGGCACCAGUGACAUUGGCACCGAAUCUGCUGAGAUCCAGCUGCGCGUCCGUAGUCGCUUGGCUGCUCUCUGGCCAUUUCUUGGCAUUGUGGCUGAAGUGAUCAUCCUGGUUACUAUCAUCUUCAUUUAUGAGAAGAGGAGAAAGCCAGAUGAGAUCAAUGACGAUGAUGAUUCAGGAUCUGCUCCACUGAAGAGCAAUUCUAAUGCAAACCACAAGGACAAAAAUGUGAGGCAAAGGAAUUCUAACUAAAAGGUGGUAAAAGAUUGACUUCCAUGUGGCAACAAUUAAAGGAUUCAGCGCACACAUGGCACAUUAUUGUGCAUCUUGCAAUUUAAAGAAAACUACUGUGCUUGAAUGUUAAUGUUGUAGGAAAAUUGACUGAUUUCCUCUUGUAAUCCUGCGUUCACCAUAUUAUACAGCCUGGGAAUAUCGUGUGAAAUUAUUUCAUCUUGAGGCCAUGGGGCAAAUAUUGCAUGAGAUUAAAUUCUAAUCUAGCAAAGUGUUUUCAUAGUAAAAUCAU